AUGUCGACAGUCAUUACCCCCGCCAAAGGGAAUGAGUCGAAGAAGGAACCCGCACCCCGCCCGUGUCCAUCAUCAUGUGGAGCAACCGUCUCGGGCAGGGAUCCCCAUCCCAUGUGCAUUGUGUGCAUGGGCGCCAAGCACGCUCAAACGUCGCUUGCGGACCCACAAACGUGCGUUCACUGUGCGUCAUUGCCGGUUAAAAUUUUGGAGAGAAGGCUGAGAGUGGCGGUGGCUAGUCAGCAGGACCCAUGUCUGGCUGGAACCAUCGCGAAAACUAAGGCUAACGAUCAUCAGCGAGCUACUACGACGAGCUGGGCUGAGAUGAUGGAAGCCGAAUCCCCGGAUAUGCCUCCUCUGUUCGAUGGCCUUCUCGCACACGAGGAUGAGGAGCCGGGAGACGAGGACGCAGAGGGCGAUGCUAACUCUGACCUCCUCGACUUGGACAUGGACGAAGAGGAGGAGGAAGACAACUCUCUCUUCCCUGUCCAGCAGUCUAGACCUCCUAGCGCGACUGACACUGGCUCGCAGGCAGACAGUAACCUGCACGAGGUAUGCAAGCGAGCCGCGGCAAAACUGGGCCUAGCGUGGCCCGCGGCCCAGGAUUCAGAGGGAGCAGAGAGGGACCUUUAUGACGGGAAAAGGCUACCGCCUGCUCUAACCACAACGAGACAACUCCUACCCGCCGUGCCGGCGUGCAUGAAGGAGAUGUCCCGCCAUUGGGGUAGCCCCUUUAAGAGCAAGCUCCCGACCAAGGGAUGCUCUAAACUUGAGAUCCAAGGAAUGGGAGAGCUGGGGCUGGCCGGACCCCCAGCGAUAGAGUCUUCAGUGGCCUAUCACCUCCAUCCAUAUCGUCGAUCUAUUUCUGCCUCUUCCCAAAUUUCGCUGCCGAACAAGAUGGAGCGCCUGACCGCGUCCAUCUAUCAGAGGAUGUACAAGUAUGCGGCGCAGUCAGUGUGCUCGCUGAACGCGGUGACUUUAUUGUCAGCGUACCAGGCGGAGAUUUUGGAGGAGAUGGGGCGACAAUUAGAUACAGGAGUGCCGAACCCAGCUCUCUGGGACGAGAUAUGUGUGGUAAACGACCUAAUUCUCCGCUCUUCUCGUGGCGCGGUUCAGGGCUGUGGCCGUGUUAUGGGCUUGGCCGUUUCAGAUGAGAGAGCGUUAUGGCUGAACCUGUCUGGUUUAGGCGACGCUCAAAAAGCUGAGGUGAUGGACGCUGCGUUCGACCCAACUAAGGGCCUUUUCGGACCAGCUCUCGAGAAAAUGAGAGAAACCAGCACCCUCAGGAAACAGGAGGACGAGGCUUUUAACCUCUGUUUACCGCGCAAGCAAACACCGCGACCACCCUCUCAGCCAGCACGGCAAGCGGACAGCAAGUGGGCUAUCGUCCGAGAUCUGAUGGCUCCGGACCCGGGGGGAAACAUUCAUUUGCGGCCGCGGCGGCGAGAAACCGCCCACCCCACCCCGAGGAUCGGAAGAAGAAGCGUGCGACCUGACACGCGAAUGUUCCCCGUCACUUCUCUCUCCGCCCGCAAAGAGAAAGAGGGGGUCCAGCCCUGUUGUUCUCAGUUCAGUAAGGGCUCCAGCUAUAAGCAAUCAAGUUCAAAACGUUCUCAAGUGUCACCAAGCACUUACACUGGGUUUUCAAACGCCCAUCAGUUCAGGGGAAUGUUUAAUAAAAAAUGCAUUAUCGCAUCCAGGCCACAGGCUGAGGGCGACGUGCUCCCCCAACUCAUUAAACACAAUAAAUGUUUCACUAUCGCAGCCAGGCAGUCAGCCGAGGGCGAUAGAUUGCAAAAAAAUCCAAACAUUGAGAUGUGUAUCCCUAGCCUCUCCGCUGGAGGGAGCGGGCGCACCUCCAGAAGGGGUCAGCGCGGAGACGGUAAUGACGUCAUCAAAACGCGCCGGCGUUGGGGAAGUAUACAGGGGACCUCUCUCGGCUCGCAUACUCAGUUGGCGCGCAUGCGCAGCUCAUCCGUGGGUUGUAAACACGAUUUCACGGGGAUACAGGCUUCAAUUUGCCAUGAAACCACCCAGAUUCAAUGGUAUAAUAGCCUCAGCGGCCGAGGGAGAGUCAGACUGUCUUUUAGAAAAACGAGCCAUCAGAGUAGUGCCAAAGGAAGUGAGCUGUCAGGGCUUUUAUUCCCGUUACUUUGUGAUCCCAAAGAAGGGGAGCAUAUCUCUGCGUCCAAUUCUAGAUCUCCGUGUGUUAAACAAGCACCUACGGAAAUAUUCAUUCAAAAUGUUGACACACAAGACACUUUGUCGAUCCAUCCGCCAGAACGACUGGUUUGUGACGAUCGAUCUGUCAGACGCGUAUUUUCACAUAGAUAUUUACCCGUCUCACAGGAAGUAUCUCAGGUUUGCUUUUCGAGGCACUGCUUACGAAUUUCAGACAAUGCCCUUUGGUCUGUGUUUAGCACCAAGAGUAUUCAGCAAAUGUGUGGAAGCAGCACUUUUCCCAUUGAGAAACAGGGGGAUAAGAAUACUGUCGUACAUAGACGAUUAUCUGAUUUGCGCCUCGUCGAAAGAGCAAGCAAUCAAAGACGCAGAUAUGGUGUUAUUGCAUCUCAACAGCUUGGGAUUCAGAAUAAACAUGGAAAAGAGCCGCUUAGAGCCAGCUCAGCGCGCAGAAUAUCUGGGGCUCAGUAUAAACUCCCUCUCUUAUCGAGUCACUCUGACAGAGAGGAGGAUCGCGUCAUUCACUCAAUGUCUCUCCCGUUUUCAGACGGGGAAAGUUGUCCCGUUCAGACUGUGCCUGCGAAUGCUGGGCUUAAUGGCUUCAGUGAUAUCUGUAGUACGACUGGGACUACUAAUAAUGAGAGACUUUCAGCGCUGGGUCGCGCAUCUGCGUCUGUGUUCUCGGCGUCAUCUCAACCGACAGGUGAGAGUGACGUAUGCGUGCGUCAGAGCGCUCAGACGUUGGAAAAGCCCCGCGACCCUCAGAUCGGGGAUUCCCCUGGGGGCAGUGUCGUCGAGAGUCACUAUGACGACGGACGCAUCAUUAAAGGGCUGGGGAGCGACUCUAAUGGGCAGAACUGUGAACGGCGUUUGGCCCCCUCAGCUAAUUCACAAACACAUAAAUUACUUGGAAUUGUUGGCAGUGUUUCUAGCGCUGAAACAUUUUCUGAGCUUCAUCAGGGGUCAGCAUGUUUUAGUGAAAACAGACAAUUCCACAGUGGUUGCUUAUAUCAACCGACAGGGAGGCACACGCUCUCUUCAGCUGCACCAGCUGGCAAAAGAGCUGAUUGUGUGGUGCGACAUAAGUCUUUUAUCCAUCAGGGCAACCCAUGUUCCAGGGAUAUUGAACAGGGGGGCAGACUUGUUGUCCAGAGGAAAUCCCCUGUACGGAGAGUGGAAGCUUCAUCCCCAGGUGGUGAAGCAGAUAUGGCAGAGAUACGGCCAGGCGGUCGUAGAUCUCUUCGCCUCGCAGGAAAACGCCCAAUGUCCUCUGUACUUCUCUCUGGCAGACGGAAAUGCACCAUUGGGUGUGGAUGCUUUAGCCCACCAAUGGCCAAAUGUCCUGCUGUAUGCAUUUCCCCCUCUGAGCCUGAUUUCACCCACUCUAGCCAGGGUGAGGGAAAUGGGAUUGUCGCUGAUACUGAUAGCCCCACGUUGGCCUUCCAGACCUUGGGUGGCCGAGAUUGUUCAACUACUGUCGGGUCAGCCGUGGCCCCUCCCUCCCCGGAGGGACCUCCUGUCACAAGCGGGGGGGGAAAUCUACCAUCCUCACCCAGACAGGAUAGCUCUCUGGGCCUGGCCCGUGAAAGGUGGAAUUUAAGUGCAGCAGGUCUGCCCCCAUCGGUCAUACACACUAUACAGAGUGCAAGAGCCUCUUCCACUCGUUCACUGUAUAGUAAUAAGUGGCGAGUCUUUGAUGAAUGGUGUGGACGGAUUCAUAUUGUCCCUUUUCAAUGUUCAGUGAGGGACAUUUUAUGUUUCCUGCAGGAUCUGCUAGAUAAAGGGAAAGCUUUUUCUACAAUAAAGGUAUACUUAGCGGCUAUAUCUGCUUGUCAUGUGGGUUUUGGUGACAAGACAGCAGGUCAGCACCCUUUAAUAAGUCGAUUUAUGAAGGGGGCACGACGUAAGAGGCCAGGGGCCAGGCGAAUGGUCCCAUUGUGGGAUUUGUCUACAGUCUUAGAGGCCCUUUCUCAACACCCUUUUGAGCCAUUGGAAGCUAUAGGGUUAAAGUUUCUCUCGCUCAAGACAGCACUACUGUUAGCGCUGGUGUCAGCUAAGAGGGUGAGUGACUUACAGGCACUGUCGGUCAGCCCAUCUUGUCUGCAGUUUUCUGCAGGGUUUACAAGGGUUUCCUUUCGCCCUAACCCGGCGUUCGUACCUAAAGUAGUGGAUUCGUCAUAUAGAUGUCAAACUACAGAUCUUGCAGCUUUUCACCCUCCUCCGUUCUCUUCUCCAGAGGAGGGGAGGUUGAAUGCCUUGUGUCCUGUACGAGCACUUCGUGUGUACGUAGAAAGGACAGCAGGUUUCAGGAAAAAUGACCAACUGUUCGUGUCAUGGGCUACUCCUCACAAGGGGAAGCCAUUGUCACGUCAGCGACUGUCCCACUGGAUUGUAGAAGCUAUUUCCUUAGCAUAUGCAUGCAGAGGUUCCCAACCUCCCGAGGGCUUAAGGGCCCACUCAACUAGGGGCAUGGCGACAUCAUGGGCCUUACUCAGAGGUGUUUCGGUCCAGGAGAUCUGUGCUGCAGCAAGCUGGGCCACACCGCACACUUUUGUGCGAUUUUAUAGACUGAACGUGUCUGAGCCAUCCUUAGCUCAUGCAGUGUUAGGAGUCAGCACGUCAAGUCCCAUAUGAUUGGUAUAGCGUAUGUUGCAAUCCGGGAGUGGUCUAUAUCUCCCAUAGUGAAACACCGAGCGAAGUUAGAAAAAGAACGAUGGGUUACUUAACGUAAUCCCAGGUUCUUUGAUAACAGAGUGAGGUGUUUCACCAACACUUCCCUCCUUGCAUAGGAACGGGAAGAAAUCUCUCUUAAUGACUUCGUAGGGGUCGACCUGAGUAAUAUAGGUGGGGGCGGAGCCUGAUCUCAGGUCGACCUGUCUGUCAAAGACAGACGUGGUGGCAUAGGAGCUUCCGUAGUUGGUCACGCCCAAAGCGAUUCCCCAUAGUGAAACACCUCACUCUGUUAUCAAAGAACCUGGGAUUACGUUAAGUAACCCAUCGUUUUUAUUCAGACCAGAGCGAAAAAUCACCCACAUAAAUCCGUUUUAAAUUAUAUAAUAAUUUAUACUUCUGACUCCUUCCUUUUCUUAAAAGAAAUUGUUGAAAUGUUCAAUUUUGAGGUUUAUCAUUUUAUAAUUUUAGUUUUUUGUUAAAACUUGUGUCUCAAUGGUAAAUCGAUUGCUAUUUCGUGAUCUACAUCAUAAAAUAAAAUGUAAAGCCCUGAUAUAAGUCCCACUCAAGCUACCUGUUUUAAUACAAAAUACAUCAGUACAGGAAAAUAAAAGUCAAACCAUUUUUUGGGGUCUUUAAGAGUCACUUUGAGACUCUGUUUAAUGUUUCAAGCAAUUCAUUUCACAGGGUCUGAACAAUGACCUAAAGAAAUAUUUGGACACAUCUAAAUUUAAAAUAGCCCUUUGCAAUAAAAAAAACCAACAAAAAACGAGAUGGUGACGAGACACCAUUUACUUGUUUGUACUGGUGUCUACUUAAGUUUAAUUAUUUAAUUAUUUAUUUUCCUACUUUCCUUUCCCCAGUCUUCCUUAACCACAGCAUCUCCACAUAAGCUUAUAUGUACAGCCUUUGUGGACUACGCUUAGUUUCUUCGCUCAAUCGGGCUGAAACAGGGUGCUGUGCUAUGGGCGUCUCAUGCUGGAAAGGCGGGAAAGGAGCUGUUGGAUGAGCUGACCCAAACAGAGAGUAUGUGGCUAGAGCCCAGCUCCAGUGAGGAGGAAGUGGACAACUCUCUUGGCAAUGUGGAAUGACUUGCCCCAAGUACAAGGGGAAAAAGAGGAUAUGUAAAAAAUAAAAAUGAA